GAUCUUUUUAUAAAUUAAUAAGUUUUCAAGUUCAAAACUAAAACUAGUCUGUCUUAAUUUAUUAUAUAGUCUGAUAUUUGCAUUUUUAGUGUUCGGUCUUCGUUGGCCUUGUCUCCUACAGAUCGUUCAUCUAGAGCUCUGUUCUAUUCUGUAGCAAGGGUCGAUGAUGAUAUUGGUAUCUCAAGGAUUGGGAAUGUAUGUGGUGGAGAGCAAAGGGGGAGCAAUAUUAUGUAUAUUGCUUUCUCUGCUCUGUUUAGGCACUUGGCCUGCUCUUAUGGCUCUUCUUGAACGGCGUGGUCGUCUCCCACAACAUACUUAUCUUGAUUAUUCCAUCACUAACUUCUUGGCUGCAGUCUUCAUAGCCUUUGUGUUUGGUGGGAUAGGUGGGAGUACACAGGAGGCACCAAGUUUUCUUGCCCAGCUCACUCAGAUUCAGGAUAAUUGGCCAUCUGUGUUGUUUGCUAUGGCGGGUGGGGUGGGUUUGAGUAUUGGGAACCUUGCUACUCAGUAUGCUUUAGCUUUUGUUGGUCUGUCUGUUACAGAAGUGACAUCUGCGAGCAUCACCGUUGUUGUAGGCACCACUGUCAAUUACUUUUUGGACAACAGAUUGAACCGAGCAGAUGUGCUGUUCUCUGGUGUCGGCUGCUUCUUGGUAGCUGUUUGUCUUGGUUCUGCUGUUCACUCUUCCAAUUCUGCUGAUGUAGAGGCAACACUAGGAAAACUCUCGAGGGAAUGUGAAACUGUGGAAGAGUGCCAAAGACUAUUUGGAGUAGAAGAAAAAGAGAUGGAGAAUGUAAAGGAAGGGACUGCAGCUUUUCUUGUAGCACUCGAAAACACAAGAGCAAUUAAAGUGUUUGGAAAGAGCAUGGUUGUUGGUCUGGGCAUAACCUUUUUUGCAGGUCUUUCUUUCUCAUUGUUCUCACCACUAUUCAACCUUGCAACAAAUGAUCAAUGGCACACUCUAAAACAAGACGUUCCCAAGCUGAUUGUCUACACUGCGUUCUUCUACUUCUCACUUUCUUGUUUUGUUAUCGCCAUCGCUCUAAACAUCACUUUCCUGUACAACCCUGUGCUCGGUUCACCAAGAUCUUCCUUUAGGGAAUACUUGAGUGACUGGAACGGAAGAGGUUUGGCUCUUAUGGCUGGAUUAAUUUGUGGGUUUGGUAACGGUCUUCAGUUCAUGGGUGGACAAGCUGCAGGAUAUGCAGCCUCAGAUGCUGUUCAGGCACUUCCGUUGGUAUCUACAUUUUGGGGGAUAUAUCUGUUUGGGGAGUAUAGGAGAUCAUCUCCGCGGACAUACGCUCUACUUGUUGGAAUGCUGGUGAUGUUCACUGUUGCUGUGGGGCUUCUAAUGGCCUCGGCUGGGGAAAGAGAGACGCGGUUUACCUAAAGAGUUGAUCAAUAUGGACCAAAUUCAUAGACAGUGUAUCUUGGAGGUGUUUGUACAUUUCAUUACAGUGUGGUUUCAUACUCAAAUUGAAAGCAAAUGUAUUUGAUCGCUGUUUGAUAAUUCGUCAACGUCACUGAAGAAAUAAAUGAGUACAGAGAACACAUUAGCAGA